AUCAUGCACAGAGAUUGAAUCGUGGUUGUAUAAUCUGAGCUAGUAUACAAAAUUAAAUAGUUUAGAAGGGAGCGCCUGCAGUUUAAGUGUUUAGGCAGCUGGCACUUCGUGCCAUUCGUGCCGGUUGCAUACACACCGACAUUUCCAUAGCAACGCACUAGUCGGGAACAUAAAAGUAUGAUGUUUGAUCUCCAUCCAGCUAGGAAUUUUGUAAAUAUUUAAAGAUUUACAAAAGCAAAAAUUAAAAUGGAGCCGAGUGACACUCCGGUUGAAGAACCACAGGCUUUGGACCUGGAAAUGGUCGAGAGCAGAUAUAAAAAGUUGUGUUCCGAAUUGGAGAGAAACGUCGCGAUGGAAGACGUGCUGACGGAGAUCAAUUUUCUGUACGGCGCCCUCACGAUUACCCGGCAAAACGAAUACUUGCUGCGGCUGAGCUGCGAUAAAAUGCAACAGGAAAUGACUUCGAACGACGCGAGUCUACGAUCGGCGCUGCAGCAGGCCGAGGAGUCGCGGAAAAGCGUCCUUAGCAUGAAGACCGCCAUGGAGGACGCAUUCCGAACAGCAGACGCGGCGCACCUCAGAGAGCAGUUGGCUCAAGAAGCACUCGUCACCGCCGAGAAGCAGAUACAGCUUCUGAAAACCGACAUUGAACAGAGCAACCGCGCCGCUCUCGAAAAAGCAGAUUCAGUACCGCGAAAUCAAGAUGAACAACGGCUGGAGAGCGAAAAGGUCGGUCGGGAGGUUGCAGAUCUGAGAUCAAAACUGGCUGAGGCCGUCAAUGCGUAUGACGAAUUGGAGAGGAAAAAUAUGGCCACAGGUGCCAAGAUGGACACAAUGGCACAACAUUUGGAGGUUUUGAGCAUAGAAUUAGGAAAGGAGAUGCGAGUCCGCGAAGCUCUGGAGUCACAACAAACUGCGUUCACAAAUGCAAUAGCGGAGAAGGAUGCUGAAAUAAAAAAUCUGCAAGAGCAGCUGCAAGCGGUCGACAAACUCGUUGGUAAAAAUGAGAGCCUUGAAGAUGAGAAAAAGUUGAUAGAGGAGAAGCUGCAACGAGAAUUGGAGACGACAACGGCGAGGGCUCUGAAAAUUCAACUAGACUACGAAGCACAACUGCUGAAGGUGGAAAAGCUGUCUAGAGAGGCUUCUCAAAAGGCUGCAGCCCUAAAGGCAAGAAAUGAUGAAGUCCAGAAAGUAAAACAGGAGGCAGCCAAGUAUAUAAAAGGGCAAGAAUCACACUUUAAACGGAUGGCUACCAUGGAGGCUGUGCGGAACGAGUGGGAGCGUCAGAAGGACGAGCUCAGGGCGCAGAUCAUCGAACGUGAGCGCGAGGCGGAUAGGUUAAGGAAGCAGGCUGACACCCAGAAGAAGAAACUGGACGCGGUGGUUAGAGAGAAGGAUAUGAUGGCCAAGAACGUCAGCAAAGCAGGAGGUUUGCUAGAGCAGCAAAUUGAGAAGACAAAAAACAUGGAGCAGAUGGAGAGGACGCUGAUGAAUCAGCUUCAGGAAAGGGACCACGAGCUUUCCAAGCAGAAGACACAGCUGAAGCAGUUAGAAAAUGAAUGCAAACGACUCAAGGCCAUCUCGGAGCGGAAAGGAGAUAAAUUUGAAGAGACUUGCGAGCAACUGAAAGAGGAGCAGGAGCACAGACUGUUGGCCAGGAAGCAAAUGCUGAAGCUUGAGUUCGAGCAAAAGAACGAGUCGGUGCUUUUGGAAUCACUACGCUUUGAAAAAGAAAAUUGCGACCGACAGCUAACGGCGGCAAAAGCGAGAGUAGAAAGAUUGGAAGAAAAAAUUCAAGAGCUAGAACAAAACGGGGUGCAGCUGAAAGAGAGUAUUAUCAAUUUUGAAAGCAACAAAAUGAAAGACGAGCUUGUUUUGCAAAGAGCCGAAAGGGAAAAGGAGAACGCUAGGCACGAACUGCGCCAGGUCAGGGAACAACUGACAACCUUCAGGGAACGUGCCCUGAGCGCGGAGCAGGAGCAAAAGCAGUUGCAGGACGAAAUUGCCGUAUUACACCAUCAAAAAGAAAAAUUGGGCACCGAUCUCGAUAAGCUAAACGAGAACCAGAGCGCAUUGCAAAAGAAAUUAAAGGCGAAGGAGGAGGAAAUCAGGGUUCUGCGGUCGCAAAUAAAAGAGCUGGAGAAGGAGUUCAAACAGGCCAACCUUCAGUACGACCAAAAGGUCGAGGAAAUUCGACUGCUGCAGCUGCAGGUGCAGAACCUGACGAGCGAAAAGAAGCUAAUCGCACAAGACCUGAUGGCCAGGGACGACACCAGGAUGCAGGUUUUUCGGCUGCAACGUGACCUGACGGAGGAGCAGCUCAAACGCAAGGCCCUAGAGGACGAACUGGCGCAGCCCAGGAACAUCCACAGGUGGCGCUACCUUCAGGGCGAGGACCCUGAGAGGUUCGAGCUGAUCCAGAGGCUGGCUUUGGUGCAGAAGCAACUAGUCGUGACCCUGUCGUCGAGCAACAACAAGCAGGCCAAACCUGAGGAGCACAGCAGGAUGAGCCAUAGUGCUCCGCCCUCGUCCUUCAGCCCUGCAGAAAUGCUGUACCAACUCAGGCACAGCCAGAAGCAAAUUAAGUGCUUAUUGGCAGAGAAGAUGAUGUACCAGUCACAGGUGGGCGACUUGCGACAGCAGGUGCACCAACUAGGACUGCAACUGCAGGAGUGCAAAAAACAGCUUUUCGCGCAGAAGAGGAAGUUAAAGAAGAGUCGGGUCGCGAAACCCGAGGAAACGACGAGCGUUGCUGCAGUAACACAGCAAAGGGUUCGAUUUACCGGCGGCGGUUUCAACCUCAACGUCACUCCGCAAGACUCUCGUCUCACGGAUUAAUGCAUGCGAUGUUAUAUUUUGCUCUCACACACAACGAUUUCAUCGGUGCAGAGAGGAAAAAACUGGACGAGAAGAGGUGUAGGCAGUGCCACGUUUUUCACUUUAAAUAUAAUAAAAUAUGUGUUAUGAAGUGAAGAAGAGAAUAAAUCCGUGCGAAAGUAUGAAUAAUGUAAUAAAAGGGUAAUUACGGAAACAGCUUUUUCUCAUUAUUUUGCAGCACGCGCUAACGCUAAU